UCCUACAAGUCCUUAGCCCGCAUUUUUCGUACAAGAAAAAAACAACUGUCAGGGGAAACUGGAGCAGAAAGAGCAAGGGCAUCGGACCAUACCAUGCCCUUCAUGGAGUAUCUGGACCAGGACCGUUUGGUCUGCCUGAUGUGGGGCUUUGAUAACCUGGAAGGGAACAUUACAUUCGAACUGGUAGUUAACACAACAGGCUGGGUGGGCUUUGGCCUCAGUUCGAAAGGAGACAUGGAUGGGGCAGAUAUUGUCAUGGGAGGAUUUGGACCCAGUGGAAGCUACUUCAAAGAUUAUUACGCCACAGGAGACACCAUGCCUUUGGUGGACAAGCAGCAGAGCUACACUCUCCUCUCCCUGACAGAAAGUGAAGGUCAAACCAUUGUAAAAUUUGCAAGGUCCAUUCAGUCAUGUGAUGACCAAGACUUCCAAAUCACUGCUGAACCCAUUAAACUGAUCUAUGCCUAUGGACUAACAGAUGUGAUCAGUUACCAUGGGGCUCGUAGAGGCACCAAGGAAGUCAACCUGCUGAACUAUAUGCCCAGAACGACCUUAACCGAAGUCAGCUAUCUCAGAGCCAGAGUGGACAAUAUCACUAUCCCUCCCAAUAAUACCUACUACCACUGCAAGGUCAUGAAGUUUCCAACCUUAAAUACUAAACAUCAUAUAUAUCAGGUUGAUCCGGUGAUUGAGCACCAUGACAUCGUUCAUCACAUCCUGCUGUACCGCUGCCCCUCUGAUGUGAUGGAACCGUACGACAAGCCGUGCUACAUGGGCGACAUCGGAGAUUCGUGCUUUGGGGUGGUGGCUACGUGGGCAGUGGGAGGAGGGGUAUAUGAGCUCCCAGAAAAUGCCGGUAUUCCUAUAGGAGGUGAGGACAGUGAUGUAUUCUACAGGCUGGAAAUUCACUACAACAAUCCAAACAGCGAAGCAGGUAGGACAGACAGCUCAGGACUGAGACUGUACUAUACAGCUCAACUCCGGCAGCAUGAUGUGGGCAUCCUGUCCACGGGUUUGCUGACACAUUUGCAGUACAACAUCCCUCCAAAAGCCUCUGAAUUCCACUCCUACGGCGUUUGUAAUACCUCUGUCUUUUCUCAGUUUGUGAAUCCUGUGCCCGACCUUCAAGUGUUCGCUGUGCUUUUGCACACUCACUUGGCUGGGAGGAAAGUCAGAGUUGGCCACUACAGAAAUGGAAGGCAGAUAGGCUUCUUGGGUGUGGAUGAAAACUACAACUUUGAGAUGCAGCAGAUGAUUAAUUUGGGAAACAUCAAGACCAUCAAGCCGGGUGAUGAGAUUGCAGUGGAGUGCACCUACAGUACUACCAAUCGCACCAAAGUCACUAUGAUGGGGUUAGCAACUACUGAUGAAAUGUGCCUGGCCUUCCUAUUCUACUACCCUGCAAUCAAGAUCACCACAUGUGUUAGCUACCCAGAUACGAAAUCAUCGAUGAACACAAGCUACCAGAUGACAACUUCCAACAAGGAUGGAAUUGCUGAGUAUGAGAGUUUGUUAAAGACCCUACCACAGCAUCAGAUAAUCAUGGAUGACUUUAACAACAUCUCAUCUUACAGAAAUGGAAAGAUCAGGGAGAUGAUGAAGACACCGACUGUCACUUGUCAGAAUACCAAUGCGUCAAGCAGACUCUGUACUUCCUGGGUUGUGAACCUACCAGAAAUCACACUUUUGAUACUCUGGAUGGCAAUAAUAUGACGUGGCUCUAAACGCAACAGAUCUAAACCUUCCGGGCUUAAUUGAUAAAAUCUCUAUCUCUAUUAAAAUUUCUAUUAAUUGUUAAUCACAGAUCAGGUGGCAUAUUAUUUGGCAACAGUAUUGAUUAUCAC